AUGGCAGACGACGAGGGUGCAUCCCCACGAGAGCUGGUCGUCGAGGCCUGCCGCCGAGACCAGCCGCAUCUGAUCGAGCAAGUGCUGAGCGACAUGGACGGCAAGAGCAACGAGGAGGUAGCCGAAUUCUUCAACGGGGUGACCGACGCACUGGGGAACCACGCCCUGCACAUCUGCAGUUUGUACGGCAGCUACGACGUGAUGGACGCCCUCUUCGACAUCCAGUUUUUCGAGUGCGACCCCCUCACUCGCAUGGACAAGGACACACCCCUCCAUAUCGCAGUACGCUACGCCAACGACAAGGACAAGGAAUUGGGCACGGAGAUGGUCAAGAUGAUGUGCGAGGCCGGUUGUGACCCACGCGUGCGGAAUAAGCAUGGCCAGAAACCCGCCGAACUGGUCUUCGAUAACAACGAGAUCAAGUCUGCGCUCGCGCAGGCGGAAUAUAUCCUCGCCGAGGGGAUGCGCGAGGAAGCGGCCGAGGAUGAGGGCGAGGGCAGUGCCAGUGAUAGUGACUGA